UAGGACCCAUAGACUCUAAGCAACAGCUUUAAAGGAUGCAAAUUUUGGCGCGAACCCAGAAUUCGUCGCCUCCGAUUCUCUGCGCCAAUGACCACAGUACCAGAGCUCACCGAUCUCUUCGCGAAGCUCGCUUCGCACCUCAAAACCCUAAAUCAAGACCACGAAGAAGAAGAUGCUCUUAGCCUCUCAAUUGCAAAGCUAAACCAAUCCCUGAACCUCAGCAACGAAGAUUCUAGGGUUAGGGUUUUGGACACCGCGCUGUCCCUAAUGUGCUUCAAAGCACCACAGGUCUUCAACUCGGUGCUCCAGUAUUUGGUCAACACUAUUGUUACUGUCUUGUCAUCUUCAAUUGCUUGCCGGGUUUUCUGGUUUCAAAAAGACGAGGUUUUUCAGGUCGGUAGCUCGAUUUCACAUCGAGAUUGUGCAGAAAUGGUGGAAGCGUGUGCCGAUGUUGUCGGAAAAUUGGAGGGACAUGGGAUGCUUUCUCAAAUGUUAGCAUGUGCUGUUGUAAGAGUAGUGGUUUCUGCAUCUUGUUAUCAACAUUUGUUGCCAUCAACUCCUGUUCUUAAUGCAAAAUCAAUUGAUAGAAGAAGCACAGCAGUUUCACAGCUGCUUUGCCAUUUGCCCAGAGAGUUCUCCCUUAAGAACCAUGAAAUACCUUUCAGGUUGUUGUCCUGGUAUCUUGACCCUUUAACUCUAAAGCAUGAUGUUUUGAAGAUUUUACAAGACACUAUGGAGAGGCCUUUCAUUUGUUUAAAUGAAGAAUUUCAUGAGAGGAUGGACUGGCGCUCUACAAUUGUUUGCUUGGUACUUUCUCCCACUAUGUUUAUUGAGACCAGAGCUUUGUUACAUAACUGGCUUCUAGUGACGGGUCUGGCCUCUGUACAAGAGUUUCUAACUAAGUUGGUCUCAAUAAUACUAGAUAUAAUCUCCAGACCAACAUGGUGGGGCAUAUCAGUGGAAUUGGGAUUAAAGCUGCCUUUUUCUAAUGCAUAUCUUCCCUACAACCAUCACCACUUAUUGAGGACCUUGGCUGGACCAAUCUCAUCUGAAACCUUUCUGCAUUUAACUUCGUCUGUAAAUGAACCAGUUCCUCGUGCUAGAAAACAUUUUGAUUCUACAACCAAGCCAGCUGCAAUGAAGAUUUCAACAGUUGAUCACAAAUCUUCUUGGGCUCUGGCAAUCAACUUCCCAGAUUGGUUCUAUUUUGCCUCUGUUUUGCUCUUCACUGAGGAAGCUCUUCCAGACAAUUUUCAUAUAAAAUAUACACUGGGGACAGCCAAAAUUGGACAAAGACAUGACAUGGAACAACCUUAUUCUGCUGCUGGAGCAAGGUACAUUGCAUGGAUUCUGAGCCCCAUUAGUAAAUCUCAUCAGGAUUUGCUUGUUGAUUCUUUAACUAAAAUAUCAGAGUCCUGGAGGCCCAAACAAUUUGGUUCAGUUUCACAUGACAAAGAAGCAGCUGGUUUUGGUAAGAAACUGAAGAAACUCAAAUCUUGUGACAACGAGGAUUACACUCUCACAACAGAGCAUGGUUGUCAAACCAUUGGACUCUGGCUGAAAGAAUUCCAAGACAUAUGCAUGUGGUAUCAGGAUAAAACUGUCAACACCUAUUCGUCAUGUGAGGAAAAAACAUCCUAUGGUCUUAACUUGCAGCAAAGUGUGUUGUUCAGAAGAAUCCCAUUAGGCGUCUUGAUAGGGUGCCCUAAUAAUAUAGAUGAAGAGGGAUGUCACACGCUGCUACAUUUUGCUGCAACUGGUAGAAUAUUGCAGUCAAUAGAAAGCAAGAGCACUACAUUGAAUCAUGUCAAGCGGAGUUCUGUAGGGUCAGAAGAAUCAGUUAGAUGGACUGAAAAUUUUAAUAAAAGGGAGGCUGUAGAAGGUGCCUGUCUUGUCUUCAGUUUAACAGAUACUGUUGAGAGCAUGUCUAACUUGAUGUUUGAAACUGAAGAGAGUGGACUGCAAUUUAUUUUCCGGGUGAAGGUAAGGGUGUGCAAGUACUUGAUUAAUUGUAUCAAGAGGCUAAUUCAUUUCAGAAUUGAUGAAGAUGGAGUCCUGAUGCUAAUGGAUCUCAGCAGUAGACUGGUGAAGUGGAGGAAUCAAGGGCAAGAAGUAUCACAGGUUAACAAAGAUCUAGAUGAUGUAAUUAAUAGCUUGAAUAAUAAAUUAUCUUCACUUUUGUAAAGGAAUAGGCCCCCUGUACAGAAGUUGUUCCUAACCAUUUUUGUCUCAUGUAGGGAAAUGAUAAGGUGGUAUAAAAAUGUAUUAUUCUGUUUGUUCUAUGAAUACCCCUAAGGUGUAAGAAAAAUAUUGUAUA